GCUGACGGGCGCCCAGUCACAAUGCUGUUUGACCCCGGAGCGCUUUCGUCUGGCAGGGAGAACCGACGUCUCUGCGUUAAGACGGGUCCAUGUCUGAAAAGCCAGACAGACGCUCACAUUUCAACAGAAAGACAGCAAGACGCGAGUACGUCGGUCAAGACUGAACAGCAAGAUGGAGUGUGAGUGGAAGCCAGACGAGCAAGGACUCCAGCAGAUACUACAGCUGCUGAGGGAGUCUCAGUCGCCGGAUACGUCCACACAAAGAUCCGUCCAGCAAAGACUGGAGCAGCUGAACCAGUAUCCAGACUUUAACAACUAUUUGAUAUUUGUUUUGACCAAAUUAAAAUCAGAAGAUGAACCGACUCGUUCCCUAAGCGGUCUGAUUCUGAAAAACAACGUGAAAGCUCACUAUCAGAACUUCCCCAAUGGCGUCUCUGAUUUCAUCAAAAGCGAGUGCCUCCAAAACAUCGGAGACUCCUCCCCCCUCAUUCGGGCCACCGUGGGCAUCCUCAUCACCACCAUCGCAUCCAAAGGAGAGCUGCAGAACUGGCCCGAGCUUCUGCCUAAACUCUGUCUGCUCCUGGAUUCUGAGGACUACAACACGUGUGAGGGAGCAUUUGGAGCCCUGCAGAAGAUCUGUGAAGACUCUGCGGAGAUCCUGGACAGUGACAUGCUGGAUCGUCCUCUUAACAUCAUGAUCCCCAAAUUCUUGCAGUUUUUCAAGCACAGCAGUCCCAAAAUUAGGUCUCAUGCCAUCGCUUGUGUCAACCAGUUCAUCAUCAGCAGGACUCAGGCGCUCAUGCUUCACAUCGACCCUUUCAUCGAGAACCUGUUUGCUCUGGCAACUGAUGAGGAGCCAGAAGUGAGGAAGAACGUUUGCAGAGCUCUUGUCAUGCUACUGGAGGUUCGCCUCGACCGACUCCUGCCGCACAUGCACAACAUCGUAGAGUACAUGCUCCAGAGGACUCAGGACCAGGAUGAGAAUGUUGCCCUAGAGGCCUGUGAGUUCUGGCUCACGCUAGCAGAGCAGCCGGUGUGUAAGGAGGUGCUGUGUGGACACCUCUCCCGGCUCAUUCCUGUUCUUGUCAACGGGAUGAAGUACUCCGAGAUUGACAUUAUCUUACUCAAGGGGGACAUCGAGGAGGAUGAGGCCAUUCCAGACAACGAGCAAGACAUCAGACCACGCUUCCAUCGCUCCCGCACGGUCGCCCAGCAGCACGAGGGAGAUGGGAUUGAUGAAGAUGACGAUGAGGACGACGAGCUGGAUGAUGACGACACCAUCUCUGAUUGGAACCUGCGAAAGUGUUCUGCAGCAGCUCUGGACGUUUUGGCCAACGUGUUCAGGGAUGACCUGUUGCUGCACAUUCUGCCCCUGCUCAAAGAGCUGCUCUUCCAUCCUGAGUGGGUGGUGAAAGAGUCGGGCAUCCUGGUGCUGGGGGCCAUCGCUGAAGGCUGUAUGCAAGGCAUGAUUCCUUACCUGCCUGAGCUCAUCCCGCAUCUCGUCCAUUGUCUGUCCGACAAAAAGGCACUGGUGCGAUCCAUCACCUGCUGGACUUUGAGCCGCUACGCUCACUGGGUUGUCAGCCAGCCUCCAGAUGUUUACCUGAAGCCUUUAAUGACCGAGCUGCUCAAGCGUAUUCUAGAUAGCAACAAGCGAGUUCAGGAGGCCGCAUGCAGUGCCUUUGCUACGUUGGAAGAAGAGGCUUGCACAGAGCUGGUGCCCUACCUGGCGUUCAUCCUGGAUACUCUGGUGUUCGCGUUCAGCAAGUACCAGCACAAAAACCUGCUGAUUCUGUAUGACGCCAUAGGAACUCUGGCAGACUCAGUGGGACACCAUCUCAAUAAACCGGAGUACAUCCUGAUGUUGAUGCCGCCAUUGAUACAGAAAUGGAACCAGCUCAAAGAUGAAGACAAAGAUCUUUUCCCCUUAUUAGAAUGUCUGUCCUCUGUAGCCACAGCCCUGCAGAGUGGCUUCCUGCCCUACUGUGAGCCUGUUUACCAGCGGUGUGUCAACCUGGUCCAGAAGACCCUCGCUCAGGCUAUGCUUCAUCAGUCACAACCAGACCAGUAUGAGGCCCCAGAUAAAGACUUCAUGAUCGUUGCUUUGGAUCUUCUGAGUGGACUGGCUGAGGGUUUGGGAGGCACCAUUGAGCAGCUGGUUGCUCGCAGCAACAUCCUCACUCUGUUGUACCAGUGCAUGCAGGAUAAAAUGCCAGAAGUGCGCCAGAGCUCUUUUGCUCUGCUCGGAGAUCUCACCAAGGCGUGUUUCCAGCACGUGAAGCCUUGCAUCGCUGAUUUUAUGCCAAUACUAGGUACUAACUUAAACCCAGAGUUAAUAUCAGUCUGCAACAAUGCAACAUGGGCAAUCGGAGAGAUUUCUAUACAAAUGGGCCCUGAAAUGCAGCCAUACAUUGCCAUGGUGCUGCACCAGCUGGUGGAGAUCAUAAACAGACCCAAUACUCCAAAGACUCUACUGGAAAACACAGCAAUAACAAUUGGUCGUCUUGGUUACGUUUGUCCUCAAGAGGUGGCACCCAUGCUACAGCAGUUUAUAAGACCCUGGUGCACCUCUCUGCGAAACAUAAGAGACAAUGAGGAGAAAGAUUCUGCUUUCAGAGGAAUUUGCACCAUGAUCAGUGUAAAUCCUGGAGGCGUGGUGCAGGACUUUAUAUUCUUCUGCGAUGCUGUGGCCUCCUGGGUAAACCCAAAAGAUGAUCUCAGAGAAAUGUUUUACAAGAUCCUUCACGGGUUCAAGAACCAGGUGGGCGAGGAAAACUGGAGACGCUUCUCGGAUCAAUUCCCAAUGCCACUGAAGGAGCGCCUGGCAACCUUUUACGGGGUGUAACGGUUUCCACAGCUCUGUGCCUCAUCAUCGGGGUCAUUCACUGUGGGAGACAUUACAGGGAACCAUCCCAGGGAACACGUUACCCUUUACUGGGGGGAAGGGUCUGCCUGCUGAGGGAAGGGAAAGGGUGCCAACCCCUCCCCGACAGGGUGGGAGGGAGGAGGUGAUAGCUGCAGUUCUCAGCACCUCCUCACGCACAAGCUAGUGGGGAAAUGAGACCGACGGUCCGACCUUUAUCCUGGGAGGAACAUUCAUGUCAUCACAUCUCAGUCACAAACGGAAACGAUCACCUUCUUUUGUCCGUUAUUUUAUCUUUUCUGAACUUCUGAAGAAAAUAAUGUAAAAAAAACAAAACAAAUGUAAAGCAUUUUCUUUUGGGGGGCUGAAUUAGGAUAAAAUGAUUCCAAAUAAGGUUUUCAGUGCAAAAAUGCAUUUGUUUAUGGGGACUGUAAUGAAGAAAUCUUGGAGUAACGUUGAUUUCUCAUCAGGAUUUAUUCUAGCUUAAAGUUAAGGAGUAGCAGCUAACGCCAUGGGGGCAUUAUAGCAGGUCGAAUCCUGGAAAACCCUCGAUUUGAUCAGCGAUCUCCUGUAAAAGAUUCUUUUAGCGUUCUAAUACUGAAGGCAGGGCAGAGGCUGUGGACUGUGUCACCAGAGAGCACAGUUCGCGAGGCAGCCUUUCCGGCUAAUAGGUAGCAUGCUUAUAUUAUUGUGGAAAGCUGUUGAACAUUAGUACUGUGUGUUGACAGCAGUCAUUGCCACUCGAUAGGGUUCUUCUUUGAUGAUGUAAUGCAUAUUUUACAGUACGCUUUGUUUCCUCUGCCAGAGAAUUGCAGCAGUUGUCUGUGAUGUAGCAUGAUGGGGUUUACACACUUGGGUCAGGUGCUGUAACAUCUUAACUGUGACGUAACGUUGGAGUGCAUCUUUUUUGUUCUGUGGCGUGAAUGUGACAUGGCCAUGUAUCAGUAAGCAUAUCAAAGCUUCCGCUGCUUUUUUUUUUUGUUUUAUUUUUUUUUUAUGUCCGAGCCUUCUGAAGGAAAAAUGAAGAGGAAGCAGGUUGGGAACCUGUGCUGACCAUUAGACUUUAACUCUACGAUGACUCAAACUUUGUCUCUGUAAGCUUUUCUUUUGUGAUUUUUGCCGUCAAUCAAAUCAAAAUUAUUGUUUUUUUUUUCUUUCAAUGUACUGGAAUUUUGUUAGUGGUUGUUCUGCUUCCUGUGCUAAAAGCAUGAUCCUGAGGAUGAUUGUGUAAUGUUUUUGGGUGCUUGUCACUGUGGGGUACCGUGGGAUGCUGUCAUCUCUUGCAUGUUGGUGGCCCCUCCCACCCCGACACUUGGGGACGAGGGUUUGCGGGAGGGACGGGAGCUUCAGUUAACAUUUUAAGAAGUGUGUGUUGCCACACGGGGGACUCGUAGAAAUUCGCACAAACCUUUUUUUCCCUGAGUGCUCUCCCUGGACUUUUCCUUCUUCUAGUUUUAAGAAACUGUGAAAGUUGAGAAUGUUGCUUGUUAGAUGAUUUUUUUAUGUGUCUGUUGAAGUUGCAGCCUGAAUGUAUUCCAUGAUGGGUUGAAGUGGUAGUAACUUGUUUUUUUAACCCAGCUAGUGUUUUUUUUUCUCUGCUGGUCAGAGUAAAAACUACAGUAUUUAAUUAUUUGUAAUGCAUAACAACAUGCACCUAAAAUGUGCUUAAACGGCUGAUUUGGCCAAGUCCCUCACAACAUUUAAUAACUGCUGCUGCUAAAAUACUUAAACCUAAUGCAACAAUCACCAUGGUAAAAUUGGACAGGAUGAAUAAACAACCAUAACACAAAAUAAUGACUGUUUUUAGAUUUAAUGCUUCAUGGAAUACAGAGGCAAAUACUCGUUUGUGUGUUUCAUCAUUUCCUGUUGUGUUGUGAUUGGGUCUGGCACAUUCCAGCUGAAAAGGAGUUCGAUGGGGUGUGUUCACCGUCUUGUUGUUCUUUCAUGAAAGAUUGUAGGUCUAAAAAACACAAAGUCUAGUGCCCAUUAUUACUGUGCUGUCUCUGACUUGAACGCUGCUAUACAUUUGUAGUUGUUUCUCCACUUGAAUUUGUGUUAACCUCAGGUUGGUUUUGUUCCAGUGGUACUUGUUUUUUUCCCCUCGAUGUGUUUGCCUUUUAUGCAUCCCCUCAACAACUACAGAGUAGUAAAAACAAUGUCCUUCUUGUGAGAAAUGUAUAACCCUGGGCGAUAAUUGACAAGUGUUGUCUGCAACACUGCGUUGUCAAAAUUGUGGUUGAAACUUUAAAAUGGGUAGAAAAUUGAAAAGUGAGAACUUGCACGUACUUUAUCUACUGUCUGUGUAUUGUGAUUGGAUUUAAGCAAGUAGCAUAAUCCCUACAUGAUGCCACAGGAGCAUAUAAUUUGAGAUUUUGGUGUUUUUUUAAUAACUUUAGGGUAAACUGUAUCAAAAGUUUGCAAGUUCAAAACACGUCAAAAAUGCAGUGUUUGCAGAUCUAAGUUUGACUUUCUACGAUUCAGCUUUACUGAAAAUUUGUAUUUUAUAAAGCACCUAUAGGAAUGUCUGGUCAAAGAGCUCCUUUACUCUGUAAUUCAAUUAGCCUUGAUUAGAUUAUCUGCCUUCAUCUUUUUUGCUAAGAAAAGCAAAAUCAUCAUUUUGAUAGACACGGUUUGAUUUUUUUGAUAAGCUGCUAAAUUAAAAAAUAAUACUUUUGGGGCCACCAAAUAUUUUGGAUCAUGCAAAGACUCUAUAUUGUAUUGUAGUAAUUUUGUAAUAUUUGUAAGAUGACAUGGUGGGUGUGACUGAAUACCAUUGCUUGAAUCUGUACAUUGUUCCAAUAAAUUGUUUACAUUA